AGGGAAGUAGUAAUUUCAAUUAGAGUUGCGACCAUUGGUUACUUUACGAGUGAGGCUCCUACCAAUGCAUCCUAAACCUUUAUUUCCAUCAUUCCAUGAUACUAUCCUCGUAUAUACACCUACAUAUACGUACAUAUUAAUAUAUUUGUUACAUAUUUUAAUGGCGCGUUGGUGUGCUUCGUCGCGUCUUCAUUUUUUGGUUCUCAUUUUCUUCUCCACACUAGGAUACAUCAAGGAUACUAGCCCUGGAGGAUUUGCGUGUGGCUAUGUAACAGAUCCACCGUUGAUUUUCUCCAGAUAUUCGGCCGAUCAUUUGCCCCUGAAUUUGAGAUGCAACCCGAUAGAGAUUUUCUCAGGGCUCCAGGGCCAGAUGCAGGGGCGAGGUGCGCAAGGUGUUGAGCGGGUACAGGACCGGCUAUGUGAUACAACCGUUACAGCGAACUUGCGGCUGUUUCACAGAUUUCGAAAUUUCAUGCGUAGUAAUUUUUUGGAGUGCUACAGUGCUACAGUGCUACAGUACUGACCUUUCCCCAGACCUUCUUGUCGCAGGAUGUCGAAAUUGAUAUCGAUAUUUGCACCGGGUGAUAUCAUCGCACAUUGUUAUACAUCCAUUUCCUUACUCUUUUUUUCGCAGGGUCCCAUUUUUGUGGUGAUAGAUCCAUGGUAGUGGUGGUGGAUUGUAGGUGUUGUCUAAGAUACACUAAUUCAAUGACGUACUAUACUAUACUAUACAUUACAUUACAAUUCAUUUAUUUUACCCUAGCAAUUAGCUAGAUAGGUAGGCAAGAUAGGCUUGCAUACACCGCGGGAGUUUCUCGAUCUGGGCUUGUUCGCCCGUUCCCGCUUUCAGGUCCGGACCAAACAA